AUGUCACCAUUACAUGAGAUCACUAAUGACUUAGCAGUGAACCCCAAGGACGGAUACCGAAAGUCCCCGUGUACUAAGAGGCAUUGCACAAAUUCGAUAACCUUUGAGCUUGGUAGAAUACCUAAACCAAAGCUUCAGAAGGAACAACGUAGCAUGGAUGGCAAAAAGACAUGCAUUCCUCAUCCAGAUCGAGAUCGAGGGUCUACGGCUUUAAGAUUGAGCCCCAGAUCAAAACUACCUCCCCCUAGACAUAGUCUGUCGUCAAGAGUUGAAUGUGCACCUGUUACUGAAGAAGAUGACGAUACAAGUGUGACUAUACCUUUGGUAAAAGUUAAUAGAAUUCGAAAUGCACUUAGAAUACUGCAGAACUCCAUGAAGCGUCCUUCUACAAGCCCCAUUCUGACACGUACAUUCUUAGAUGUAAUGAGAGAUAACGAGUUGGAGGAGAAAGCUAAGUUAGAUCAAGUCGAAGUGGAGAUCGAACAACAACUUAAGGUCAACCAAAAAUUGAAAAGAAGACUUCAAGAAGAGCAUGAAAUUGAACUUCAUUGCAUUCGUCAAUCAAGAAUUUGGCGUGAUGAAAGGGAUCAAGUGGUACGGGACUAUGACAAUCGGAAACAUAAGUUUGAUAUGGAAAUACAAAGCUCAAGGGAUAAAACACAACUGGAAUUAGCAGCAUUAAGAAAAGAUCAACAAGAGGCAAGAAAGCAAUUAAUGAUCACAUUUGAAGAAGAAAUUAAACAGGCAAAGGAACAUCAUGAUAACGAUGCUCUUGAUGCCAUAACUGAGUAUAAAGAAAUGAUUAUGAAGUAUAGAGAACAACUAGAUGCUGCCAAUGUAUCUAGAAUGAAAAGCAUGGCUGAAGAAGAAGCAAAAUUUGAUGUUCAUUGGAUAGAGUCUCAGAAAUAUAGAAUUGAUGAAGUAGUUGUGUUAGAAAGGAAACUCCAGGAAAGACAGGAUCAAGUGGACCAAGUUUCUACUGAAAUUGCCGAUAUAAAAUCAGCAGUUGAAUCUGGUGAUCCCACUGCGAUCAAGAAGGCCAUUAAUGAUAAAGAUACAGAAUUAAGAGAUAUUCUACAACGUGAAAGAUACUUGAAUUCUCAAAUUCAACAGUAUGAAACUGAAUAUGAAGAACUCAAAAAAGUCAAGACUUCUAUCCAACCUGUUGUAGAAGAUGCACAGCGUUGUUACAAUGAUGCGUAUGCCAAAUUACAAGAUUUAAAAAAGCAAAUUCUGUUCUUGAAUAAUUCAAUAUUUAAGAUAGAGAGCAAGGUACGAGUGUUUAUUCGUUCUUCUUCGUCAACUUCGGGACAUUUUGAUGGACAAUUCCCAUCAACUGCAUCUAAUCAAGAAGUGCUCUUUGAGAUCUCCUCACAAGUUCCUUUGGUUGUUGAUGGCAGCUUUGUUUCCCAAAUUUUUGUAGGGGAUAAUCCUCUGCAGAGCAUCUUUUGGGACGCAGUAGAGUAUGCCUUGGAGAAUGCAUCUUCUCAAGGUAUUUCCAUAUCCUCUAGAAUUGCUGCAGUUGGAGACCGAUUUUAUCACGACCUUCUUGAUAAUCACACAGUCAUUGAUUCUAUAGGAGAGGCUCGACUUGUGGAAGUGAGCACCGCAGAUCUGUUUAUAAAAGCAUGUCAAGCUCAAGGUGAAGAAAAGUUUAAAGUCCCCAUAGCCAUUCAAAUGCUUGUUGGAAAGGGGAAAAUAACAUUGAUCCAGCUAGGUGGUGAUAUACAUUCACAACUUGGAUACUUGAAAGAAUCAUUGGACUUUCCUUCGACUUGUGUUGCGUCUACAUUAAACUCACUCUUUGACAAUAGCAUAUGUCUUCUCAUGGGAGACUUUACAAGUGAAAAAUCUGAAAACACAUUGAGUGAUGUAUUGUUCCAAAUAAAUAGUCAUGUAUCAGGAUACACAGUUGGUCAAUGA